UCGUCGUAAUGCAGACGCAUAUGCUACGUAUUGAUUCCCUGAUCUGGGUCGUUUUCAGCUUUCACCUCGAUUGAUGCCAGAUACCAAUAUAAUGCUGUAUUUGAGUAUUUGUAUGCUUUUUCCUCUUUUGGGCUAAAUGCACUUGUCUCAGCUAGCUAGGAAUUUUGGGGUUUACUGAAUUACAACACCCAAAAGCAGCGAUCCUAUCCUUUAAUUUAGGGAUGGAUAUAGCCCAGGCGCUCUUAAGAACAAUAGAUGAUAGGCAUCCAGAAGUAUUGCUAUUUUUCAACAUGUUAGGCACCACCACCGUUCUGAUUAAGGCAUUCAACCAUGGCAUUUCACUUUUUUUUUAAAGUAACGCAAUCUACUUAAAGUUUCAAAACUAGUCUGGAAGGAAAAAAAUUCUUCCAUUUUGCCCAAUCAUGGAGCCAUCCCACUACUGGGCCAGCUGUAGUAUUUGUGAGUCAAAUGUGAAUAACCUUUGAAAGUGAGUGUUUGUGAGUCAAAUGUGAAUAACCUUUGAAAGUGAUACGAUUUCAUUACAUAUAAUUUAUUUUGGACUUUUUUUUUGCUGUGUUAAGUCUUCCUUGAAUCGGGUUUGAAAAAGUUUUCAUUGAUCAAACCUAAUCUAUUUGAGUGGACCGAUGCAAUGUUUUCCUCACGCGUUUGUAAUUAUUUAGCCUAAAUGUUGAGCUGACGUGAAUUAGGAUAGCAACAUAGAUUAUUGAGUGAUUAUUUAUCUCUAAUCUUAAGCAAGCAAGGUACUGAUGUGGCUACCAACCCACAGUCUAGGAGUCAGCUAGUCAAGGCAACUGGAGUUUGGUUCUUAGAUUUUUUUCGUUUUCUUUUGAGGGGAAACCGUGGGGGAGUUCCCUAAUCCCUACAACAGUUUUGUAAAAUAAAAGGAGAAUGUGUACAAGGAGUUGUAAGGAAUUUACAGGAGGAUUAUAUCUAAUGGUCUAGCCAUGAUAAAUUAAAGGUCUAAGUUCCUCUUUUACCCUGUGCAAUUGCUGGAUAUCUUCUUGUGGAUGAUGUAUAUCUAUAAUAACGAAAAGGUCUUCUGCCUGUGAGUUUCGGAAGAAGAGGUCAACUGUGUUGGAGCAAUUUAUAAUAGUUAGGUUGUAUAUAGAUUACGAAAAUCAUAUUCUAUCUGCUACAUACCUAAUAUCUUUUUUAAUCUGAACCCUGUAGUUUUGAAAAUUGCUGGACCCUGUCAUUGAUACAACAACGGCAUCCAUCUAUAUAUGUCUGUAGCAUUGCAGCUGGGAUUAUCACUGCACGCAUCAACUAUAUACUCCUCUGUUUAGGUGCUGCUUUAGUUCUGCCUUCCCUCAUCCCUUCUGCACACUAGGAACUUUGAUGACACUCUCUUGCUUUACUCAAAAGGACAUAUUUUCCACAUCUUGACGACAAAGACAAUUUGAUUAAAUGUGUAAAGCAAGCACAUGCACUCCAAGAAUAAUACAAGGAUUUCAACAAUUUUCAGCAAGCCUGCAGAUGUGAUGUAAAAGGAUGGAAUUUUAUCUUAAGUGUUGAUUAUUGCAAAUAUACUGAUAUAUCAAAGUCAAACUGCAUGAAGAGAAAUGGUAGAGGUUGCUGUUCUUUUUGUCAUACAAAAGAUUGGAAUAGCUGUGGCAGGUGAAACACUAAAGUUAGCUAAACCCUUGCUUGGAAAGAAUUCUGAGUUGCAAAUGGCACUUCCAGUUAACAUGAAACUGAUAAAAGAUGAACUUGAGAUUAUUAAUGCAUUCCUUAAGGAAAUUGGCAUGAAGGGUUGCCAUGGUGAAGUUGAAGAAACUUGGAUAGGGCAAGUCCGAAGGUUGGCGUAUGAUAUGGAAGACAUUGUAGAUCAAUUUAUGUAUGUUGUUGGUGAAAACAAACAGAAAGAAUCAUGGGGUUGUGUGAAGAAAAUUUUGAAGAAACAUCAAUAUUUAUUUUCACUUGAUGAAAUCGCCACCAAAGCAGAUAUAAUAAACAAAGAGCUUAUGGAGCUUUCGAAAAGAAUAGGUCGUUGGACUGAACCAAUAUCUGGUUUGAGUUAUAUUCCUGCAACAAACUAUGACAGCGAACAACAACUUUAUCAACCUGUACAUGGUCAUUCAAUCAAAGAUGAUGAACUUGUAGGAAUUAAUAAAAAUAGAGAAAUCUUGAUGAAAUCGUUGCAUCUGGAAGAUUGCUCUCUUCGGAUCAUUGCUGUUUGGGGUAUGGGUGGCCUCGGGAAAAGCACCCUUGUCAAUAAUGUCUACAAAAAUGAAGCACUAAUAUCCAAUUUUGAUUGCCACGCAUGGGUUUCUGUUUCUCAGUCAUGUAAAAUUAUUGAUAUUUGGAGAAACAUGCUGGAAGUUAUCUAUGGAAAUAGAGCAUUCGAUGCUGGAAGUAUGGACAGUGCAGGACUAAGAGUGGAACUGAUGAAAAUUCUGAAUAAAAAGAGGUUCUUGAUCAUAUUGGAUGAUGUCUGGACGGCUGAAGUUCUUUUUAAAAUUAGAGAGGUUCUUGUCGAUAAUGGCCUGGGAAGCAGAAUAAUAAUCACGACAAGAAUUGAGGAAGUAGCUUCAAUAGCUGAGGAUGGUUGUAAGAUCAAGGUAGAGCCUCUUAAUGACCAUGAUGCAUGGCUUCUAUUUUGCAAGAAGGCAUUUCCAAAAACUAAAAAUCAUGUCUGCCCCACAGAACUAUAUCAGUGUGGUAAAGACAUAGUGGAGAAGUGCGAUGGUUUACCGUUAGCUCUUGUGGCAAUAGGGAGUUUAUUGUCCCUGAAAAAGAAGAGUGUUAAAGAUUGGAGGGUCUUUUAUAAUCAACUUAUUUGGGAGCUACACAACAAUGAGAGCCUAAAUCACGUGGCAAAAAUUCUAAAUCUAAGCUAUAAACACCUACCAGACUAUUUGAAGAAUUGUUUCUUGUAUUUUGCUCUUUUCCCAGAAGACCAUCCAAUACUUAGAAAAAAAUUGAUUAGAUUGUGGAUUGCUGAAGGGUUUAUUGAAGAAAAAGGAACAUGCAGUUUAGAAGACAUUGCUGAAGCUUACCUGGGAGAACUCGUCCAACGAAGUAUGCUUCAGGUUGUGAAGUGGAACAGUUUUGAUAGGAUUCAAUGUCUCCGUAUGCAUGAUCUUGUGCGUGAACUAGCCAUUUUCCAAUCUAAAAAGGAGAGUUUUAGUAUAACUUAUGAUGACACUCAUGGGGUGGGACAGGUGGGAUUGGAUUGCCGUCGUGUGUCGGUGCUCCAGUGCAACCAGGGCAUUCUAUCAAGCAUAUGUCCAUCCAGGCAUCGCACAUUCAUAUCAUUUGACACCAGCAUGGCAUUAUCUUCAUGGUAUUCUUUUAUUUUCUCGGAAUCUAAGUACCUUACAGUAUUAGAAUUAUCCGGCUUGCCUAUUGAGGCUAUUCCCACUUCAGUUGGAGAGCUCUUCAACCUCAGGUAUUUGUGCCUAGAUGACACAAAUGUGAAGGAACUCCCUAAAUCUAUUACAAAGCUUCACAAUUUACAAACAUUGAGCCUUGAACGUACACAAGCACUGAGUUUUCCACGAGGGUUUUUAAAACUGAAGAAAUUGCGUCACCUCCUUAUUUGGAAACUGCUAGAUGCAACAUACAGAAGUUUCCAUAAUUGGGAACCUAUGGAGCCAUUUGAGGGCUUGUGGAAUCUGAAGGAAUUGCAGUCUUUGAACGAAGUUCGAGCAACUAAAGUCUUUGUUGCUAAACUUGGAUAUUUAUCCCAGCUGAGGUCUGUUUCCGUUACUUAUGUGAGAAGUAGCCAUUGUGCACAACUGUGCUACUCUUUAUCAAAGAUGCACCAGCUUACAAGAUUACACAUAAGAGCAAGCAACGAAGAUGAGCUCCUCCUGCUGGAAGAUUUGACAUUGCAAAAUCCUCUUGAAAAGCUCGAAUUGGUAGGGCGGUUGUCUGAAGGAACUUUGAAAUCUCCAUUUUUCUCUACUCAUGGAAAUCAACUUCUUCAAAUAGAGUUAUCAUGGUGUCAGCUCAUAGAGAAUCCAGUAGCACAGCUUUCUGGAUUUUCAAAUUUAACUGAAUUACGUCUUACAAGGGCAUACACUGGACAGCAGCUAAACUUUCAUGGAAAGUGGUUCCAAAAAUUGAAGAACGUUGUACUGUGGGAUUUGCCGCAAGUCAAUCAAAUAUGCAUACAUGAGGGAGCUUUGGUCAGCCUUGAAAGUCUUCACAUCAAUGGCCUCAAGGAAUUGCGGGACGUUCCUAUUGGUAUUGAAUUUCUCAAUUCUAUCAAAGAGGCAUACUUUACUAGGAUGCAUUCUGAUUUUGUAAGGAACCUUCAAAUGGGAAAGGUAAAUCAUAUUCCGAAGGUCUACUGGUCAACACAAGGUGUGUCCACAGGUGAAACAGAAGCCGCUAACCUGCCCGGACCAUCCAGCACCACGCCACAGUGGCGAUUGUUAGGUCCGUCAGGUUGGGUCUUCAUCUAACCCAGCUUGCAAAAAGACGGUGAUUGGCAACUUCAAGGGCCGCUGGGAUUUAUCUUUGUAAUCUUCUUCAACAGAAAGCAGCUCUUUCCACUAUAAGCAGCUUGCCCAUCGUCAGAACUCGGAGGCUUCAUCGGUGGACCACUUCCUUGUUGCCGUGACCCGAUGUCGGUGUCUGUCCUGCUAAAAUUACCAAAUCAGACUACCUCUGUAUUGAUUUGGAAAGAGAGAACUAAAAAGACAAAUCCAGAAAAUAGUGAGUGUUGCUAUGAUGCUAUCCCAUGGUUGAUGGUUUAUCAUUACAGUGUUCUCGGUUUUACGUUGUUCUUGUAGUUUUAACUCUAUUCUGGCUGCCAUCUGUGCUGUGUUAUGACGCUGGAAUUCCCAGCCUUCUUUGCUUUUUUGUACGA